CAAUUUGAUAACAGUCUAACCUUCACAGAUAUUUUCUGUUGGAAGAUACAAUAGAUAGGUAUAUAAUACAAAUCAUAAAUCAUUUUAAUAUGUUUACAUUUUAUUGAUGAAUUGUGGAAUUUGAAGAACCUAUUGAAUAUUAAAAAAAUACCAUCUCGUCCUAUUUGCUUAUCUCAAUUUUUUUCUCCAAAAAAAUUUAAAAACAGAUAUAAGAGCUUUUUUUUGUUAUAUACUUUCUAACGCUGUUUUGUGUAAAAUCAAGCAAUGGCACAUCUAAAAUUAUUUAUUCAUUGUGUACUUAUAUUUUUUGUCCAUGAAGGGCUAACUUCUCCUGUGGCUGAAUCGACUGAUGAUGACUUAAUCGUAACAUUGUCUACAGGGAGCAAAGUCCGCGGACAUGUCCUUCAGAGUUUUGAAGGGAAUGAUUUCCAAGCAUUUGAAAAUAUUCCAUAUGCAGAACCUCCUACUGGAAAGAACAGAUUUCAGCCCGCUAUUCCAAAAACACCAUGGGAAGGAGUAUUUAAUGCAACUUUUGCAUAUAAAUUCUGUCCACAGUUUGGUGUAGUUGCAGCUGUAGAGGAUUGUCUUGUUUUAAAUGUAUAUAAACCAGUGAAUGCUAAUGAUCAACAGCUAUUGCCUGUAUUUUUCUGGAUUCACGGAGGGAGUUUCAUAAAUGGAGCUGGUAGUCUCUAUGAUCCUAAAUUAUUGAUUGAUUAUGAUAUUGUAAUUGUUACGAUUAACUACAGGCUGGGAGCAUUAGGAUUUUUAACAACCCUUGAUGAUAAUAUUCCUGGAAACUUGGGUCUUAAGGAUCAACUUCUUGCUCUUCAGUGGGUACACGAUAACAUUAAUGCCUUUGGAGGCGAUCCCAAGCAAGUUACAGUAGGUGGUGAAAGUGCUGGAAGCAUGUCUGCUGGAUUUCAUUUGCUUAGCAGAUUAGCACAUGGUUUAUAUAGCGGAAUCAUCCAACAAAGUGGCUCACCGUUGAGUUCGGCUUUCUAUCCAAACAAAAAUCGUGAGCAGGCUUUUGAAUUUGGAAGAAAAUUAAAUAGUUCCUUUGCUUCUAGUAAAUCUAGUGAUUUAUUGAAACUGUUACAAGAAGCACCAUUGUCAGAUAUAGUGACUCAGCAGGCAUUGUCACCCACUGCAUGUAUUCCAACUAUGGAAGAAGAAUUUAACGACAAAGCUUUUGUUAGUGGACCAAUGCAUAGAGCCAUUCUCAAUGGUGAAUUCAACUUUGUUCCUGUCUUAAUAGGCAUCAAUUCCGAGGAAUUCCUGUUGUUUGUGGAUGCAGACAGUGACGAUUUUAAAGAAAAAUGCAAAUAUUUUGAUGACAAUCCAGAACAAAUGGUCUCUGCAUCUUUCAAUGUAGCUGAAGAAAUUAGAGAAUAUGUUGGUAAAGCAUUAAAGACACUCUAUACCAACUCAUCGUUUGUGGAAGACCCUCUUGGAUAUAUAAAAUACAACAGCGAUGAAGUUUUUGGACGAUCGACAGCACGUCAAGCAGAAGCUGCAUCUCGAUUUGUUCCUGUGUACAUGUAUCAAUUUUCUUGGUAUGACAAAAGUAGUCCCCUUCCAGGUGUUAAGCAUGCAGCCGAUUUAUAUUACAUGUGGAAUGUAUCAUUCGGCACCACUACCCACAACGAUGCUCUUCGGAAACCUAUACUUAAAUGGUGGACAAAUUUCAUCAAGUAUCAAAAUCCUACUCCAGUAAAAGAUGAAGAUCUACAAAAUGUCAUUUGGCCAGAAGUUAAACCUGGGUCUGUGAAGUAUUUGGACAUCGAUUCCACAUUUGAGGUUAAAGAAAAUCCUCGACAAUAUUAUCAAAUUGAAUCAAUUCUCGAUCCUGUCAUAAAUGAACCUCUUAUCACAUAUUAAAAAGAAUAAUAUAUGUAAUUUAAUGAAUACAAUAAAUGUAAUUAAUAAUAAGUAAUUUAACGGAAAGAAAAAUAAACAUAAACAAGCAAA